AUGUUCGGGCCGUUCAGAAUCACCAAUGCCCUAAGUGGGGGUCUUCUCUGGAAGAUCCCCUGGCGCCUGUCCCCGACGCAGAAGGCCCGGCAACGCAAGCGGUUGCGAGCCGUCGACAAAGUCAUCGAGACCUUGAGCAAUGCGUUGGCCAAGAAGGGCGAGACGCUCAAGUCGCUGGAGCGAUGGAAGGCCGAGAUGCCGACCGAGGCUCAGAUGCUGCCCAAGGACAAGUACACCAUGUUCGACCGGAAAGCCAAGAGAUACCGCAAGGGCAUCCACAAGCUCCCCAAGUGGACGCGUGUGUCACAAAGGGUCAACCCCCCCGGCUUUUAG